UUGGUAGGUGGGAAGGGGCAGCGAUGGAGAUGGAGUUAGAGUCGCUUAAAUACUGGGGGAAACGCAGUUGGAACCUUAGGAAAGGAGUUAAGGUGUUGAAGCUGGGGGAACCUUUCUUCUUGUUGGAAUUUGAAGAUGAAGGGGAAGCAGAGAGGGUAUUAAACAGGGGGACGCGUAGAUUUCAGGAUAGGCCGCUGCAUCUAGAGAGAUGGAACGAGGAGGCUGGGUGUUUACAGGUCGGAAGCCAAACAAAAGAAGUUUGGGUAAGGGUGGUGGGGCUUCCGCUUCACUGUUGGAGUGAAGAAAUGUUCAAAAGUAUUGGUGAUUGCUGUGGAGGUCUGGUGGAGGUGGAUGAAGAUACAAAGAACCUUUCUCAACUUCAAUGGGCCAGGAUUUUGGUAAAGAAUGGCGGGAAUUUUUUUCCAGGAACUUUGAAUUUAGUGGUGAAGUCCUUUUGCUAUGCAGUCCGUCUGUGGUGGGAGGUGCAGCCUAGAGUUUCAGCAGUGGAGCCGAUGAUGAACUUGAGUUGGAGAGAGGGGGAAAGGAUGAGGGAAAGAGGGGAUGAGGGAUCACGCGCCGGGAACAGCGGUGGGAUGGAAAAGGAAGAAUGGCGUGCAGCUGAAGCAGAUGGAUCAGGUGCAGUCAGAAAAAGAACGGGAAAAGAAAAGUAUGAUGGUGACAAGAUGGGAGUUUCAGCUAAUGGGAUGGCAGGAUAUGGCAAGGAGGAAGGAGAGGUGGGCUCAAGUGAAAGAGACGUUGUGGGUGGGCUUGAUAGCUGCAAGUCUGGGUGUGAAGUGACUCAGCCCAGAAACAGCCAAAGUCUGGAGCAUGAGAGUACCGAGGUGUGGGUAGAAAAACUAAAGGUGACAAAUGGGCCAAGGGUUAGUUGGGAAAGGGGCCAGUCAAGCAGAGGUGGGGAAUGGGCCGCUCAAGAAGGCCCUUUAAGUGAUAAAAGAAAUUUGUUGGGCCAGAUGGACAAUAAGGGUGAGAAGCGGGCUUCAAGGGUAGAUAUUUCUUUAGUGCAGCGGGAUGGGCUGGGUCAUUUGGACAAUAGGCCCAAAGUGGUAGAGAAUGGUGGGCCUUCCAGCUUAGGGGUAAAUUACACCUCGGUGGAGCAGGCUAUCGAUGUUGGCCCAUCUUCUUUUCAAAAGGAUGGGCUGGGCUGGCUGCACAUCAGAUCUAGAGGGGCAGGAGGAGAGGGACAGCCCAUCUUAGCAUCAGCCUGGGCCUCGUUUGCUUACAAGACUCCAUGGGAUGAACCUGGCGAAAAAGCUAGGGCUUCGUCUUUCCUUGUGCCUACUGAGGAGUUUUUCGCCGAAGAAAGUCUAGUCGGAGGGAUGGGGCCUUUAGCGGCGAGAGGGACACCAGAACGCUGCUCAGUUACGGACGAGUGCUUUUUGGAGGAAGUUUCCAGGUAUUCACUCUUAAAACCCUCGACUGUUUGCGUGUGGGGGGGUCGGGCCUCUUCUUCUUCUUCUCCUUUCUCUGGGAUGGGGGGCUCUUUGCUUGAGAUGGAGGAGAGAUGUGGUCAUGAAGUCAUUCUGAAGGAAACCGAAGAGGGGUUAAAUAUCAACCCUCUAAGCAUGCGUCCGGCAGAAGAGAGAAUGGGAGAGAAGAGUACGAGCGGGUUUUUCCCGCUAAAAGAUGGAAGGAAGGAAUGGGGAGAGGAGGAGGAUAAGGAUAUGGAGUCGUGGAAUUACAGCUGUAUGGCAAAGUUUUGCCACUGUUUGGGAAUGCCAACAGAGGGCUGUGAGAGGGAUAUUCUGAAACUUCUCCACAAAAUGAGGGACAGAAGAGAUAGAAGCGAGAAUCUAAGCGGAAAAAAGAGGAAAGGUCAGAGAACCUCAAGAUUUGAUCGCGAGUUGAAGAAACUAGAAUGGUCAGUGAAUUAUAGCGGGUCAGGAGGGGACAGGGGGUAUCAAGAGUGUGUUACAUGAGGAUUCGAAUUAUGUCAUGGAAUGUAAGGGGGGCAAAUGACAAAGAGAAGAGGAAACUGAUAAAAGAUGUGAUUAAAACCCAGAGAGCAGAUUUAGUGUGUCUCCAGGAAACAAAAUUGCAGGAGAUGAUGAGAGCAAUUGUGAGGAGUUUAGGGGUAGGAAGAUGUCUGGAAUGGGGGGCUUUGAACUCAA